UCUGCGGCGGCCGCGUUUUAGCUCUUAGCUUUAUCGUUCUCCUCUUUUGUCUCCUGUCCAUCGUCUGCCCCCUUCGAACGACCCCGAGACUGCCUGAGAUUGCAACGGAUCGCCACUUCUGUGGAGCGAGGAUAUGACGCCCGGAAUCAGGGAGAUCGUCCCGUCGAGGAGCCGAGACCCGUGUAGAACCCUAGGUGAAGUGCUGUGAUGUGAUGGGAAGUAGCAGCCAACUGUACAGAGAUGCAGCCGCAGCCUCCACAGAAACAAAUGUGGAGAACGACACUACUGGAGUCACAGAAGCAGUGUAUUGGCAUCGCGAGGAUCGAACGCCGGAAUGGCACGAGGUCAUGUCCGACUUGCGAUGGGUAUGGGAGGUGCACGUCUACGGGAUGGCCAGCCUGUUCUCUGUUUUGUCAGUCCUCUGCUUGUUUACCGUCCUCCGGCUGCGAUCCCAGCUAUCGGCCAAGCCUCACCUCUCUUCGCUCAACGUCUUCCUCGGCAUUCUCGCAACAUCGAGACUCGUUGUCCUCUACGUAGAUCCUUACGGAUCGAAAGAGACGCUGCCCUUAGUGAUCCUGCAGGUCUUUUGGGACUUAGGCUACCCAUGCCUGGUCUCAGCAUUUGCCUUGCUGCAGCUAUAUUUCGUUCGUGAGACUCGAGUUAAGAUGAAUCGGUUGAGCGACGAAAGCGUGGUCUCCAUCAUCAUCACAUUUCAUUUCUGCCUCAUCAUCACUUCCGGGGUCCUCGGAGCACUGCAGCCAUCUCUUAGGAUCUUGUGGUUGAUAACUCAGGUUGCUUUCAUUAUUUGGGGCGCUUUCCUAUACUUAUCGUCCCUUUGUGGUUGCCUGCGGCUGCUUCGGUCCAUUGUCAAGGUGCCCCCGCGUUUUCUCACGCAGGUGGACCCUGGCUACGAGAUCAACAGCAUUAUGCCUCUAGGUAUGUUCACUGAGCAGCCGCAAGAGCAGCAUGAGAAGUCUCAAAACCAACCUAGAAUUCGAAUCACAGACGUCAACGACCAGACAUUUAGUUAUGCAAGUGAAGGAUCCCUUUCUGUCCAUCCUGAUCUACAACGUUCUGAGGCUUUACCCUUACGCUGCAUUAUACCGACAUCUCCCGACCGGCGGAGCUCGACUGCCAUUAAAAGCAAGCCUGUGGCUCACAACGAGGAUCCAGCAGUUAUAAAGCCUCUCAUUGCUGGACGAUGUUCGAUUGAAGAUGAUACUGGCAAACAAAUUCCGAUUCCAACUACCAUACCCACGUUUCAGGCAACAACUACUCGACAAGCACUGCACCAUCUAUCUCCUCGUUCCAUCGAAGAGUUCAAAUCUGAUCCCCGAAAGAUGAAACGUCAGUACCGAAGUCGCUUGGAAAAGCAGCUACGCCAAUUAGUAGUUACUUCAUUCCUAGGCGUAUUUCUGUGCCUCCUCAAAAUUUAUGACGUUUUCGGUCCUCACAGCCUCUUCUCUGCGGGCAUACGACCUACAUUUAUUUACACAUGGUUCUGUUUCGAAACGAUGAGCAGGAUAGUAGAAUUCACGAUGGCAUAUGCGAUGGUGUGCGUGUGUCAGCAGUCAAUUAAAAGUCGUUAUUAUUACAUUCCCAACUAGACUUUCCUUCAGCAGUUGGCCAAUGUUCAUAACACCAUCUCAGCGUUAUGCUUUUAUGUUUUAAAGAUAAAGGUACCUGUAUUAUCCUCACUGUGAGCCCUUUCCAACGAAGAUAUUACGCCAUGACUCUCUCGUCCAGAUCCUCAUCUGUCCCGAGUAACCAAAACAUUUGCAUUUGUCUGUUGCUGUGAUCUUGCAAACAUCACAUUUCUAAAUCUGGUGCAGUGAUAACCCUUCUGUACACUAUAAACAGAUACGCAAGUCAGCAGAAAUAAUGCCGGAAAUUUAGGCAUGUAUUAGAUUAUAUGUUAGAUUUAACGCAAGGCUGAGUCACUAAAAAAAUAUUUAUAUUAUUCUCUCGAUAAGAAGAAAAUGAGGACUUUUGAUUUUCCAAAUACAACUGUGGUAUACGCAUUAGCACACAGAAAUAAUAACUCUGUUGUUAAUUUAAUCAUAUGCAACAAUGAAUAUUACCAAUUUUUCCGUAAAGCUGAAAAAGUAUAUAUGACUAUGUACAAUCCAUGUACUAAAGACAAUAUGUGUCUCAGUCCUAUAAAUCCAGUGUGAAACAUAAUCAUAUUUUUCUCAGUCAAGUUAGAGUCAUACCCUCAUUUAUUAAAUAUUAUAUUUAUUGAAAUAGUUUUUACUUCUUUCUUUUAAAUAAUUUAGGCUCGGAUAUGUGUGUAAACAUUGUUUUUGUCGAGAAAUGGAACAAAGCUGAGAUAAAUACAUAUAUAAAAUAUUUUACAAAUUAUACCAUUCUGACUUUUCGAAAAUUCUUUCCAUGUUCUGUUUAACACAGCGUGCAUCAUUUUAUCCUAGCAUUCAGCAUUCAAAGCUCAAAACAGCUGAAGCGCAAACGCGACUGUUGCGCAUAAUUUCUAAAUUAAAUGCGAAAACGUGAUGUGCGUAUUCAUUGGCUACAUAACAUGUACGGCGAGCUUUGACAUAAACAUAACUGACAUGUUUCAUAAUCACGCGAUUACCAUAAGAUCAUUAUUCUUUCAAGCAUGCAACAUCAAAUGCUAGCAAUAAUGUUCAAGUCAAUAUUUUAUUUGUAGGAAACAAAUAAAACACUAGAGGAACUGUUGAAUUCGUUAGAUGAAAUUUAAGGGGACAUAGGACGCUGAAAUUAAGAAUUGUUAGCUUCAUUUUGUUUUGCAGUACUUCAUAAAUAUGUAUAUAACAUGUAUUUCAUGUGAAUGCAGAUCCAUGACAAUGGCAUUAGGAUACAGUGUUGUUCAUAAAUACGUGAAUAACUUUAAUUAGAAUAAAUUACCAAUGCCAAGUUUCAUUACACUAAAAGAGUGAACCUUUGCUUAGUUAUUAGUCCAAAGGGGCUUUGUCCCUGAAGGACUAUUGUUUUCGUUUUGUGAUUUUGCGUUGCAUCACUAUAAAUGUCCGUUUCACUUUUCAAACUUUUGCCACCAAA